CGCGAAGAAAACGGCCAAACAGCCAAACAGUCAAACGAUGCUCAGAAGCAGCAGUGGCAGCGGUGGCAGCAGCGCUGGUGGCAGCGGUGGUGCGAGCACUGACCUGCUCCGGUUGGUGCACCACAUCCUGGGGCCAGCAGCCAGCGAAGAUGUCAAACACGACGCAUUUGAAUACAGCGCGAGGUUGCUUGCAAGUUAUGUGCGGCCCUCAUUCAUCAAGGACGAGCAACAGAUGAAGUCGCUCAUCAUCCGUCGAGUGGAUUCACAGCAAGACAUGCGCACAGCAGCGGAAAUGCUGGACCUGCUGGAUCGCUUUCUCAAACUGAAGACAGUGUCGCGCAAAGUGAAUAUUCUCCACUUCUUGCUGCUGCUGGAAGGGACCAAAGGAUACCGACCGCCAGCCUUCUCUGAGGCAUCCCCCGAGGCAGUGCCGCUCACACGUCCCGAGAAAUCGCUCGUGCGCGCACUGAAAGCACCAGAGCCGAGCUUGCAAGCACAGACAGCGGGGGACGCAAGUCGCACUGACGCAACAACAGCAACACCCGCGCUUGCGCAGCUGCCGGCAAGCCAACAAGAGGCCAUCAGACAGUUUCACUCCAAGCACGACGACGGACAACGGCUGAGCGAGUUCGUGCUGGUGCGGGACAUGCUGCUGGUGUGUCAGGGCCUCAACGGCACGUACAUCAAGUACAACGGGCACGAGGGCACGUUCACGGUGGCAAAGGAGUACGUCGUGUCGCCGUCGCAGGCCGAGCUUGUGCGCAACCUCGCCAACACGGGCCUGCUGUUUGACCGACUCAAGAGCUUUGUCGACGAGCGACACGGCGAUCGGUCAUAUGGGCUCAUUGGGCAGUCGUUCUGCUCCAUGCUGCGGGAAGAGCUCACGGACUACUACAGAUUCAUCACGCUCCUCGAGACACAGAUUUCGCCGGCGCCGGAAGACCGGUCCGCAAUGACGCUUCGACGUCUCGUUGUGUGGAUGCACAACCCAGCACACCGCCUCAAGGCCCUCUCCACCAUCAUUUCGCAAUGCGCAGGCGUGCGUGGCGGGCAGCUGCUGUCUGCGGUGUUUGAGUUUACGCUGAGCGGCGACACGAGUGUGCAGCAGCUUGCACGGCGCAUGCUUGACGCCAUCAUGCCACCCUUCCUCGAGAUGCUCAGUGCAUGGGUGUACCGUGGUGUCCUAGUCGACACCACUGGCGAGUUCUUCAUCUCCAACAACUCAACCAUCGUCGCAGACCCACAGGAUGCGCACGCGUAUUGGACGGAGAAGUAUGGGCUGUCACGGAGCAUGCUGCCGUCGUUUGUGAGCGACAGCCUAGCUGUCAAGGUGCUGCUGUGCGGCAAGUCCAUCAACUUUGCCCGCGUUAUCUGCGGCUCCAUGGAGAACUUCAUGAAACGUUUUCAAGAGAAGAACAGCCUGACUGGCAUCAAGUGGCACGAAGAUGCGUAUCGCCGGUGCCAGCUGCCGGGCCGGGAAAUCAUCGAGGAGGCGUACAAGCUCUCCUCAAGCUCGCUGCUGCGCAUCCUUGAAGAGGAGCACAAGCUGCAUCUGCACCUGCGCGCGAUGCGCCGCUAUCUUCUCCUCGGCCAGGGCGAUCUCUUCAUGUUCCUCAUGGAGGACCUCAGUCUGUUCCCCCGGGGUGGGCAUUUGCUGGGACAAAAAGGUUUCCUGUUUUCUGAGGGCUCGCCUAGCUCUCUUUCAAACGCGCGACAAGGAGACGCCACCUGCUUCGUUUCCCUAGAAUACAAGCUCUUGGAGGUGCCCAUCGUGGGGUGGAGGUGUAACCACCUGCCGCACGAGAAAGGGUGGGACAUCUUCAGUCUCUCGUAUGCAACCGAGGGGCCCAUCAGCGCCGUCCUCGCUCUCAAGCACAUGGUCUCCUACCAGCAGGUGUUCAAGUUCUUGUGGCGGGUGAAGCGCAUGGACUUCAUCCUCUCGGGCGUUUGGUCCAGGCAGAUGGUCGAGCAGCGCACACUCGCUCCAAUCAAAGAGUUGCAGCCGAUUCUGCGCAAUCUGCACCUUCUUGGCAGUGAGAUGGGCCACUUUGUCAAACAGAUCCAACACUACCUUCUCUUCGAGGUGCUUGAGACGCAGUGGCAGCGGUUCAUGCAGCGCGUGGGCGGUGCGCAGGACCUGGACGCUGUCAUCGCUGCACACGACGAAUUCGUCGACACAAUCAAGGGCCAGAUGUUCCUCAGCGCAAACCAGGCAGCGCAGGACAAAUUGAGCCAGCUGCGCUCCAUCUUUGACCAGAUUAUCAAAUUCCAGGAACACCACCGGGAAAUGCACAGCAUUGGCAUGGACGAGUUGGACCGUCGCAGUCGUGGCGCCAGACGCAUUCACACACGCGCCGUGCAGGGCUCGUGGGGUACGAGCAACGACGAUGACGAGGAAGAGAUGACGGCUGCACAGCGGUUUGAAGCGGCAGCACAGGACGUCAACGCGAAAGUCUCUCUCGUCGCACGCACAUACGAGGACAUGGUGCGGCGGCUGCUGCAGAUGCUGAUGCGCGACCCGAACCACAACAUGAAGUAUCUUGGCAACAGAAUCGACUUUAACGGCCACUACCAGCCAACAGGCGACAGGCGCGUUGCUGCUGCGCGGGAGGAGGCGCGAUACGGCGGACGGCGAACCAGCACCGCCUGACAUGCCAUCGACGAUCAUGGUGGCGGUGUUGAGUGGCGGUGGUGAUGGUGUUGUGGAGCGACAGUGGGCGUUUCUUGUUCAUUCCCGUUGUUGUUUAGUUCCAAUUGAGGGCGUUUGGUUGACAUUGCUUGGUGUUGUCCAUUCGCAAAGAGUGCUCAUUGUGUUGUUGUUGUUGUUGUUGUUGUUGU